CGUUGCUGGUCCUGUUUACGUCAUCAGAAAGCGAGGAAGUGAAGAUGGACUCCUUCGCCUUGGAACCCACACUAUACACUGUAAAAGCAGUACUCAUCCUGGAUAAUGACGGCGAAAGGCUCUAUGCUAAGUACUAUGAUGACACGUAUCCAACAGUGAAGGAGCAGAAAGCAUUUGAGAAGAACAUCUUCAACAAGACUCACCGCACAGACAGUGAGAUUGCCCUAUUAGAAGGUCUAACAGUUGUCUACAAGAGCAAUAUAGACUUGUACUUCUAUGUUAUUGGGAGCUCGCAUGAAAAUGAGCUGAUGCUGAUGUCUGUCUUGAACUGCCUGUUUGAUUCUCUCAGUCAAAUGUUGAGGAAAAAUGUGGAGAGACGAGCGCUGCUGGAGAACAUGGAAGGAUUGUUCCUUGCUGUCGAUGAGAUCGUUGAUGGCGGAGUCAUCCUUGAAAGCGACCCACAGCAGGUUGUGUACAGAGUAGCGCUGAGGGGAGACGACGUUCCUCUGACAGAACAGACAGUGACCCAGGUCCUUCAGUCUGCAAAGGAACAAAUCAAGUGGUCCCUGCUGCGGUAGAGAUAGAACAUCUACACACACACACACACACACACACACACACACACACACACACACACACACACACACACACACACACACACACACACAUACACACACACACAGUAAUGUAGCUGCAAUGUACACACACACAUGCAUAAAUACAUGUGCUAAAAGAUGUGAACACACACACACACACACACACACACACACAAUGCUGUAGAUGCAAUGCACGCACACAUACAUGAAGACAUUCGCUAAAACAUGAGAACACACACAUGAGCACACACACGCACACACACAUACACACACACACACACACACACACACACACACACACACACACGCACACACACAUACACACAUGUACAUAUAAACACACAUGUGACAUUCCUGUCUUCAUAUACUGUAUUUCAUACCUCUGUGUACAGUACACAGCAGUGAUCUUGGCACUGAAUCUUGUAAUGACAUCAUCUUGAAAGGAUAUGUUAGUCCAUAUGUAAGUUGUCUGUCCAUCCUUGAUUGUAACUGCAACCUAUUUUACUGAGAAGAUAAAUACCCACAUGCUGGUAAUGUCUGAAGUAUGUCAUCGUCAGCCCCACACAAUCCAUUUUUUUUUCUUCCCGGCUGAAGCAUAAAACCGUUUAUGUUUGGCUUUGUUUUCCCUUCAGCCCUGAUGUGAAAUCUUCUGCUCUUCCUUGUAUAAAAACAAUUCUGUGAUUUGUUUUUGUUUUGUCAUGUCUUUCCAUGCCAUUAUCAACAUUGAGACACUAUGUCUUUUUAACUGGAAAUGAAGUGUUAAUCUUCUGUUUAUUUGUCUGUCAACUCCAGGAAUUGUGUACAGAUCCUGUAUGCAUUGUAUGGCCUUGUUUACGCGUUGAUGAGAAUAAAACAACUUUGAGAAAUUG